AAAUGUGUUAGAUGCCUCUGGGAAAAAAAUAGAGGGGCCCAGGCCUGUUUCUACCCUGAGAGGCUCUGGAUAUAAUUUGGGAUUGUGGGCCAGGCUUUCCACUGUCUGUACCUACAGAGAGCCUGGCCAGGUGGCCCACCUGCUCAUCAUCUAAACUGUGCCCAUUUAACCAGGGCUCAGGGGGAGGGGGGAGAAUUCUGAGCUUGCAGGUGUGUCACUGAGGCACGAGGUAGCAGCCCCCAUCCUGGAAUGGCCUCUGGGAUCUGGCAUCUGUUGAAGACCCCUGUCCUAUCUGCUCUGCCUUCUCAGCCCACUGUUGUCUCCUCUCAGUUGUGACCUCAUGUUAUUCUAGAAUGAGCUCCUUCCCGGGCCCCUUUCCUUCUGGACCCUGCUCUGUAAAGGGGUUGGGGCUGCACAUGUGCCAAGCUGGCAGCAGGGGUGGGCCCUGAAUGAAAGGAGACACCAACGUCAGGCAGCCUGGAAUGGAUGCCUGGAAUGGAAGGACCCCUUCAGCCGUGGUCGGCGCACCUGCCCCCUGGGGGCCACUGGAUGGAGAGGGAGAGAAACCAAAGAUUGGAAAAGAAGGAUUGAGUUGCAGAAUGGGUCACAAGCAGAAGGCAGAAGGGACUCAGAAUUGGGGAAGCUGCUUUUCCACUGACCUCGGGGACAGCUGUCAGGGUGGGAGACGGGACUUGGGCCUCAGGAAACGGCCUGCCAGGUUGGACGUGAGGGAUGCUGUGGCCUCUCCCCGCCCCGCCCCCCUAGCCACCUUCCUCACAAUGGGGUUCAUUGCUGAGGUGGGAGGGGCAUCCUAGGAAGGGUCCAGCUGGUGGCCUGCCCGCCAGACAGCCUCGGGGAACCUGCCCUUUCAAGCAUGAACCAUACCAUCCGGGCUCCCCCACUCCCAGUGUGCUCUUAGCUCUGCCUGCCUGGCUUAGGGUCCUGGAGGCCUUCUUGGAGCUCAUCCAGCAACCAUCAUGCAAGGUGGUGCUGGGGGCUGCCCUCUUACUCGGCGGUGGAGGCCUCAUGCUGUGGAUUCAGAGGAGGAGGAGAAGGAAGACAUCCCCUGCUCCUGCCCAGGAGGAGCAGGGGCCACCCGAAGGUCACCAAGCAAAGAAUGAGAACUGGAUUAAAUCUCACUUUAGCCGCCUUUCGGAAGAGAAGCUGGCCGCCAGCAGCAGCACCCCCCCUGCCCCCGAGAGUGGCCGUGGGGCGGCCAGCACCACGGUGCGCACAGAGACCUUCGCCACCGGGCAAGGAGAGGUGGGCGCAGCUCUGCACCGGCAGUCCUUCACCAGCAAGCAGAGGUUGUCUGGCUCCUCGCUGACCAGAGAGACCCAGAGGGAGUCUGGAAAAUCCUCGUCCACGGAUGCGGCCACCUGGGCUGCUGUGGCUGCCUGUACCAAGGAGAUUGACAACCUGGGACAGCAGCUGGCUCAUUCCAUGUUGCAGCGUGCCAUGAUUUACCAGAACUCAGGCCACCUGGAGUCCAAAGACAUCAACCAGGAGGAGCUGAAGGCCCUCGAGGAGGUGGAGUUGAAGCUGAAGGGGAAUUUCCUCACUCAGCGAGAAACCGCGGUAGCCGGCAUGAACCACACACACACCUUCCAUGGCCACGGUCCCCACGGCCACCAGGGGUAUCCGAGCCACCAGAGCCACAGUCUGUCCAACCGCAGCCAACACACCUACCACCCCUUUGAAGCCACGACCUAACCACAGAUGGAGACGCCCCUUCCCCCGACAGGGCUGGCACACAAAUGUGGGCCUGUUUUCUCUCCUGUGGGGCAACCCGUGUGGCCCAGGGUGAGAGGCUGCCGCCCAACACCCUUCUUCCUCAGCCCCCCACGGGGCUCCUGGGCCCCUUCAAGUCUUGUGAGUAGGGUCUGUCACGGAGAAUGGCUCCCGACGGAGGGGCAGGUGGAAGGAAGGGAAGCAGCCGAGACACACGCCUGGGCCCCUGAAGACCCACCGAGAGAAGACAGGCGAGGCAGAUCCCAGGAGCAGCUGAGAGCCCCCAGACUGACGCCAAAUGCCUGGAACUGAGCCAAUAAAGCCUUGUAUACCCUCAUUCUGAGUCUGGGGGGCUCUGUGGCCAGCCUCAGGACUGGGCGGGGAUACGGGGAGAGGGUUCCGCUCCCACAGUCCUCUUCGUGUGGCCCUUGGCUUGGGCUUUUUGCUGGGCUGAUUCAAGACUCCAUAAAUCAGCUUCCCCGGGUCUCAGGUUCUGGGGAUGGGACGUCUCCCGGGAGCUCAGCACCCACCAACCCGCUGUUGGCCAGGGAAGGAGGAAGCGGCCAGGUGUUGAGAGGUGGGGGGAGAGACAGGCUUUCAGAAGCUAGUAAGCAAGGUGGGGUGUGGGUCUCCUGUCCUCUUGGUGUCAUCUUCACCCUAUCUCCUGCUGCUCGAGUCGUGUGGCCUCCUGCACUGCAGUGCUCUCUCCCUGCCCCACCUGCUUUCCGGGGCCGCUGGGAUCCCCAUUAAUGCCUCCCCCGCCUACCUUCAGAGCUGUUGUGCCAUAUACUCUCUCUUCCUGUUUAUGCUGCUGGUACUACGGAUUAGUAGUAUUACUAGUACUACCAGCAGCUCCCUCUUUUUUUUUUUCUUUUCAGUUUUUAGUAUGUGCCAUGUUCUAUGUUAAGUGUUACAGCACAGUCCCAUGGAGACAGUAUUGCGUUACCUCCGUUCUGCAGAUGAGACACCUGAGGCUCAGAGCUGUAAUUCACCUGACAGGGCAUGGACAGUAAGUGGUGGAGUUAGAGCCCCGCUCUGGCCGACUCCAAAGCUCAGACCCCAAGUCCCUGCCUUGUGCUGCCCCCUAGAGGUGGCCCUCCAGGGGGCUCCCUCUCUCAUGCUUACCUCUGCCCUCUUACCACAUGUCCUGACUCUCUGUGCCCUCCCUCAAGCCCGGGACUUCCCCUGCCUCCUCUUCCUGGGUCCCAAGAAGCCGUUUCUGGGGCAAGGGGGGACCUCCAGUAAGGGGCUUAAAGGGAGGCAGCUCUGUCUCCCAUGAAAGUUGAGAGAAGUCAGCUACACCACACUGUCUAACCCCCAGUGGCUCCUUUACAUAGAAAUGUACCAUUGGCAUCUGGGAUGAACUUACCAGUGUUUCCCAGCCUGUGGGCCUCAAACUUCCCAGAAGAAGGCGCCCAGAAUCCUUCCAAAGGAUGGAUAAAUCUACAAACACCCUAAAUGUUGUUGAUUGA